AUGGCGGAACCAGCUGCAGAAAUACCAGCUGCGGAGACACCGGCUCAAAGACAAGCUCGCAUCAGAAAGGAAAAGAGAGAGGCGAAGAUUAGAGAUGGAGGAAAUGCGAGGUUAAAUAAAAUUAUUGGCUUGGGUGGUGGUUUGCCUAGAGAUGAAGUUCCAUCCCCAUCGCCAGUGCAAAAAUCGAAUAAAGAUACAGAUCAUGCGGAUCCAGAUGAGGUAGAUAUUUCGAAUCAUUAUUAUGAGCCACAAACCCGCACACCGAUUCAGAGGUCUCAAAGUGCUGGGCAGCAGCAGCAACAACAGCAGCAGAUAGAUGAUGAUACGCUGAGACAAAUGAUGCUUGGUAUGGAUCCAGGCUCUUUGGGUGGUGGAAUGGGACAAGAUCCCUUCGGAAGUGCUCCAGGUCAAAACCCCUUCGCAGGUUUCCCAGGUAUGAGCGGUGCACCAGGCGCAGACGCUGGAAACGAUCCCAUGAUGCAACUUCUACAGCAAAUGAUGGGAGGAAUGGGAGGAGCACCGGGUGGAGGACAAGCGGGCGUGCCUUCAUUCCCAGGUAUGCCAGGUAUGCCCGGGAUGGGCAUGCAAGGACAAGCUGAAGCCGCCGCUGUCGACCCUUACGCCUAUAUUUGGCGCAUUGUUCAUGCUGUUUUCGCAUUGUCGCUCGGUUUGUACAUAGCACUUACGACAUCAUUCACUGGCACGAAAUAUGCGCGCGAGGCGUCGGGUUUGAUGAUUGAUGGGUUGAGUGAGGAUAGUGUGCAUUUCUUUUGGAUUUUUGCAACGGCGGAAGUGGUGUUGUUGACUAGUAGGUUUUAUUUGGAGAAAGGGGGUUCUAUGCCAGCGGGCAUGAUGGGGACGGUUAUGGGAUUUUUGCCCGAACCGUGGAAGGGGUAUUUGGGGUUGGUGAUCAGGUAUGGACGAAUUUGGGGGACGGUUAGCGGUGAUGCUAUGGUUUGUGUUUUUGUGUUGGGAGUUUGUGCGUGGUUGAGAGGUGGGAAUUAG